GAUGAAGCUUGCGGUGAUUUUAACGGCACUGUUGCUGUCCUCACCGGCGGUGACCGGGUACAGAGAAAGAGACGAGGAGGGAGAGGGGGGUGGGAGGAGGUUUGUGUUGGAGAGAGCCGAGAAGGUGGUGAAGACUGAUGGAGGUGAGGUUAGGGUGGUGAGGGGACACCGCUGGGACGGUCACCCUACCCCCAUGCACAUUGGGUUCAUUUCUAUGGAGCCCAAUACUCUCUUUGUGCCUCAGUACAUUGAUGCUAACCUCAUCCUCUUCAUUCGAAAGGGAGACGUGAAGAUUGGUUGGAUCCACAAAGAUGACUUAGUCGAAAAACAACUGAAAACGGGAGACAUCAAUCGGAUUCCGGCUGGCUCGACGUUCUACAUUGUUAAUACCGGCAAAGGACAGAGGCUGCACAUAAUCUGUAGCAUCGACACAACCAAUGAUUAUUACAGCUGGGAUUGGACUGCUCCUCCUUACCAGUCUUUCUUCCUUGGUGGUGGAAUUUAUCCUAAAUCUGUGUUGGCUGGUUUUGAUAUGACUACACUCACAACUGCGUUCAAUGUGACCACGGAGGAAAUAGGUGCUAUUACCGGCAGCGGAGAAGCCGCCGAAGAACCUCACCGACUAUCUCCCCUGCUAAACUCAAACCUCAAAGAAUCUACUGAAAAACGACAUCCCACUAUCCACGAUGAAGAAGACUCUCAACCAACCACAUCAUGGACAUUCACUAAUCUCCUCAGUUCUAUCCUCGGCUUCGGCAACAACAAUCAACAAUCUCAAACCAACAAGAAAACCGCGGGGCCCGUCCGAGCACCGGACUCCUACAACCUCUAUGACCGGGACCCGAGCUUCAAGAACCCCUUCGGGUGGUCCAUCUCCAUCGACGAGCGCGACUACCACCCUCUCAAACACUCUGACAUCGGAGUCUACCUUGUAAACCUAACCGCCGGCUCCAUGCUCGCUCCUCACGUGAACCCCAGAGCCACCGAGUAUGGCAUAGUCCUCGGUGGGACUGGAACGAUCCAAGUCGUGUAUCCAAAUGGUAGCUCCGCGAUGAAGGCGGAGGUGAAUGAGGGCGAUGUUUUUUGGAUACCGAGGUUUUUCCCGUUUUGUCAAAUUGCCUCGAGGGGAGGACCGUUUGAGUUUUUCGGGUUUACUACCUCGGCGAAGAAUAAUCAUCCGCAGUUAUUGGCGGGGGCUAGAUCGGUGAUGACGGCGAGCAUGGUCGUGGCCGGAGUUGGCGGCAGGAGAGGUGUGAAGUGA